AUGGCUUCAUCUGCUGCCUCCAAGAUUNCUCCAGCUUGCAACAAAAUUGCUGAACGCAACCUGAAGGACCAGCAGCAACAGCUAGUGAAACAAAGCAAGAUGGCCUCAUCUUCUGCUGCCUCAAGCAAAAUCCGCCAGAACUACAACGAAAUCAGCGAAGCGGCGGUGAACAAGCAGAUCAACCUGGAGCUGUACGCCGCCUACUUCUACCAGCAGCUGGCGUUCCACUUCAACCGCGACGACGUCGCCCUGCCCGGCUUUGAGAAGUUCUUCGCCGCCGCCAGCAAAGAGGAGCGCGAGCACGCGGAGAAGCUGAUGAAGUACCAGAACCUGCGCGGUGGUCGCAUCGUCCUCCAGGACAUUCCCAAGCCGAUCAAGCAGAGCUGGUCCAGCGGCCUGGAGGCGAUGGAGGCCGCUCUGGAGCUGGAGAAGACGGUCAACCAGUCGCUGCUGGACUUGCACUCCAUUGCCUCGAAGCACGACGACCCGCAGUUUGCCGACUACCUCGAGACGCACUACCUGACGGAGCAGGUGGAGGCGAUCAAGAAGCUCGCCGACUGUGUCACCAAUCUGCGCCGCGUCGGCUCCGGCCUGGGCGAGUACCUCUUUGACAAGGAGACGCUGCUCAAGUCGUAG